CCAUAUCUGUUCCAGAUUUGUGUUCACUCUCGUCGACAUCAUUUUCUUACAGGUGAUUCAUCGUCUGAGUUGGGUUCACCAUCGCUUGAGUCAUCGAGUUGGAGCAAGUGCUUUGGUCGGUGCGGCGUUAAAUUUCAAACAAGGAAUUGUUCGAAGGGUUGCGUUGGUGACCAAAAUAUGGAGAUUAGGGAGUGUUCAUCACAUACAAAGUGUACAGCUUAUAGAAUACGUCUUUCUCAUAUUCCCUCUUAUGCGGCCAAACUGAAGCUUGAAGUUAGUGAUGGCAAGAAGUGGACGUCCGUCUGCCAUUCAGUAGGCAUUGCUGAUAACCUUUGCCAGAUACAGGGCUUUGAGUCUGCUGAGAAUGAAAAAAAUUGCAAUAUGAUCCAAACGCACAGUUAUGGCAACACAACUUGUGGUGUUCUGAAAAGCAUCAUUUCUAUCAAUUGCAGCGAUACACACGAAGUUACCACUGUAUGUAAAGUAAAUGUGUCACUUGAGGGAAUCCACUCAGGAAAAGUCAAGUUUUUGCACAGAGGAAUUCUAAAACCGCUAUCAGGGAUUCGUUGGAAUAUGAUCGCGGCUCAGCUAGUCUGUCGUCAAAUCGGAUUUAAGAGAGCCGUAGCUCCCUUUUCCACGAACAUCAGUCGUCCCAAUGUCAGUAAAGAGUGUGUUGAUCAUAUUGACUGCUCCGGUCCCGAGACUUCACUAAGUUACUGCAAAUUCAAUUUCACUACGAAUUACAAAUGCAAUCCAGAUGCCGAGGCAAGUUUGACUUGUGAUCCAGAACGCGAUCUUGAGUUCAAGUUUCGCCGGGUAAAUAUCAUGCAAUUUGGUGAGACUAUACAAUUCGAAUGCAAUCUUAAUGAUUCUUACGGUGACCCACAGUGGUACAGCUUCAACGGCCAGAUCGUUGGUUCUGAAAAAAACCUGCGAUUACAAAACUUGACCACUACUCAAGCGGGUGUGUAUUUCUGUAAGAACAGUCAAGAAUAUGGUGCUGUAGUGGUAUACGUUGCAGCAAAAUCUACAAUGAAGCAAAUGACCAUCCCGGAAAAGAAAUAUACAACCCUAACUUGUAACGUUUCUGGAGUUCCUCAGCCAAUGGUGCUGCCCCUUUGGCGAUUAAACGGCCAAUUACUUCGGAAAGCUACUGUUACCAUAAAUAACGGACUUAAUAUCACGGAUGAGGUCAGAA